GUCAUGCACUUGAAGUUCAGUGGUGCAGCUUUGUCGCUUCUUACGAGUAAGUGAACGGACGGUGCGCCAGGAAGUAGUGGUGUGUUGGUAGCGUGCGAGGGAGGACCUGCUGACUUCAGCGGCUGACGCGUGAACAGGCGGGGCGUCCUCCGUGGCUGCCGGGAUCAGGUACUGUAGAGGUGAGCGAAGGCCGUCCGCGCCGAAGGAGAGCCGUAAUGGCGCGGGGGACCUUGUGUGGGUGCUCGGGAGCAGGAGUCGCCCUCCUCCAGCUGCUGCUGCUGCUGCUUGGCAUAACCAACGUCCUGGGAGCGAUGUUGCCGCCUCGCCUCAGCUCGCACCAUACCAUUGUCAGGCUGCAGGAGGGGCAGGAGGGAUACGUGCUCGAGUGUAACAAGGACGUGGGCGACGACCCCAUCUCCUACCGCUGGCUUAAGGACCACAAGAUCGUGACGGGGGCGCUGGGUUACGCCUACCGCGGCUACAACAAAGUGCUGCUCGCUCUGCACACCAUCGAGCCCCAUCACGCCGGCAUCUACGUCUGCGAGGCUUCCAACACAGCGGGCGUGGACUCCGCUGACAUCAGGAUCAUUGUGGAGAACCAAAGAAGACAGCAUCCAAAGAGUGAGAUGGAGCAGCCACACACGGAUGAGAUCUUGAUUGAAGUUGCCACUUCCCUGAGUGAUGUGUUGGCUGAAGGGGAGUGUAAGUGUGACACAAUGUUCUUCCUUCAUGUGUCGACGGAUGCCACUGAGCAGACACUUCCAGCUCAGGCCAACCUUGUGCACACCAUUGCUGAUCAAAUAAUUUCAAGAACAAAUCGGGUGAGUGUGAUGACAUACUCAGACUAUACACAAUCCAAGUUGUCUUUUGGAGAAGGUACAAAUAAGUGUGCCUUGAAGAAUGCCUUCAGAGACCUCUCACACCAAAAGUGGCCAACCCGCCUUGAGGUUGUGCUGCGGGAAGCUUUCAAGAAGUUCAAGAAGUCCAAGGCGAGCUGCAAAGUCUUGUUCCUGCCAGUGUUUGGCACUGUGGGAACAGAAGGACCUGAUAUAACUGGUGCACAAAAUCUCAAGAAACUUGGAGUGAAAAUCUUCAUUCUGGAAGUCACUCCACAACCCAUAGCGGGAGUAAUGGAGAUGGCAUCCAAGCGUGGCGACGGCUACCCUUAUCACUGGCAUGUCCCACAGUACAUUUGGCCCACCAUUGUCAUGAACAUGAAGUACAUUGCUGAGGAGGUGGUUGGCUGCAUGGGAGAGGAGGACAUCCCUGGUGUGUGCGUGGGUACUGAUAGCCCUUGCACCAAUGACUCCAUGUGCCGCGGCGUGGGCUAUGGCUGUGAGGAUGGCCGUUGUGUGUACAAGGAGUGUAACAUCAACCCUAGGGAGCCAGGGUGUUGCAAUGAUGACAGCCCCAUCAACCGCUACUGGUGUGGGGACGUGACUAGCCAGUGCACCUCCCCUGCCAACAUCUGUGACGGAACUGUGCAGUGCAUGAAUGGUGCUGAUGAAGGGCACUGCUGGUCCAACCCUUGCCCUCGAGACAAGAUUGCCCGCUGCCAAACAAGCACAUUGUGUCUCGACUUGAUGGACUUGUGUAAUGGUGAGCCGGCCUGUCCUGGAGGAGAGGAUGAAGACCCUCGCUUCUGCAGGUCCUUUCCCUGUCCCAGAGACAGACCCUUCAGGUGCCGGAAUGGGAAGUGCAUUGCCAAGGAGAACCUCUGUGAUGGAGUGUUCAAAGACUGUGAUGAAGGAGAAGAUGAGUUCUUUGAAUUCUGCAAGAGUGUCCAUGUUUGCCCUUCAACCCGUUCCUUCAAGUGUGACUAUGGAAAAUGUAUUUCUGAGAGGAUGGUGUGUGAUGGAACAUAUAAUUGCCUUGAUGCGACUGAUGAACUGGUAUGUGACAGAAAACACUGUCCUGCUGAGCGACCCUUCAAGUGCUUAAGCGGUCUUUGUAUCAGCAUGGAUCAGGUUUGCAAUGGUGUCAUAGAUGGCUGUGAUGAUGGAUCAGAUGAGCAGAACUGCACAAACAUCCUCUGUCCUCCUAACAGGAACUUCAAAUGUACUAAUGGCAAAUGCAUUGAUGGGGGUCUGCAGUGUGAUGGGAGGAAUGACUGUGGUGACGGCACUGAUGAGCAGAACUGCCCCUCACCCUCACCACCACCACAAGUGACGCCUCCACCCACAUGUCCACCCAACAUGUUCACAUGUGACAAUGGUGCCUGCAUCCAUGAGAGUCGGAUAUGUGAUGGAAGAAAUAACUGUCUUGAUGGCGAGGAUGAGAAGAACUGCCAAGAGCUAGAGUGUCCAGCAAGCCGGCCACACCGCUGCAAAGAUGGCACCUGUGUGGUGGUGACAGCACCCUGUGAUGACAUCGAGGACUGUCCUGAUGGCUCAGAUGAGAUCAACUGCACUCAUACUGAAUAUGAAGAAGAAUUGUAUGAUGGGGAGGAUGAGUAUGACCUUGAUUUUAAGACAGAGGGACCACCACCUAUGACCAAUCCUGCCACCACCACCACCACCACCACCACCGCCACCACCCCUUCAGUCACAAAGAAGACAAAACCCAAGAAGGAAAAAGAUGAAGUGGAGACUGUGAUGGAAGAUGAAACAAGCCAUGAAGAUGAAACAUUCAUUGAGGCAGUACCUGAAGAGACACCAACAGAACUGGAGGAGCCACAGAAUGAUGUGCAAGAUGAGAAGGACAUGGAGGCAGCUGAAACCAUGCUGGAGACUAUGGAGGGAGGAGAGCCGGCAGCUUCCAGUGAGCAGGGAGUGGCGAGCAGCACCUGUGUGACCCCAGCAGGCAUCCUUGUCUUGAUAUCUCUUUACAUCGUCAAUUUCUGCAGCACUUGGAUGAGGUGAAGUCCCAUCUCAAGUGUGAUCCACUGUUGUUUUGGGUGAUAGAGACCAUCCCUGCUUGAGGAUAACAAAGCACCAGAUGUCUAGGAAUACUUGAUGUUCCCUGAGUUGACAGCCAGUUUUGUAUUUAGAAUAUUCUUGUGAUUUACCGUGUGAGAAUUAAAUCAGUGGUUUUGUGGGAGUUUGAGCCACAUGAUUCAUGGUGGCAGCAGAUUAUCCAGGAAGGCUGGAUAAGUUCGUGCUUAGAGUGACUUGAGUGGUUGACUGGAAUCAGGGUAGUAAAAAUCAUGUUUUCUCCUUAGUAACCAUUUAAAUUUUUAAUGAGACGUGAUACAGUGGAUUCUUAAUAAUCAAAGUAUGGAUACAUAAAGAAUUUUAGAUAGAGGUAGGUUUUUAAAAAUUCUUUUUAUUGUAUGUAAUGAAUUAUUUAUUUCUGUGACUAAUCUGAACUUAUCAGCUUUAUACUGGCAAUUAUUUCAUUUUUAUGAUAUAAGCAACAUCUUUUAUGUAUUUUCACAUUGAAAAUAUCAUAAUCAUACAUAUCUUCAGGUUCUCCGUCAAAUAUGUUUGUCAAAGGUAAAUGUAAUACACAACAGGUGUACAAUAGCCCCCAAAGAAGAUAAGAGCUCUGGGAUGCUAAACUGAUACCAAAGCAUUAGUCCUAUAAGGCCCACUGAGCUCCUUGGGGCUCAGGAGAAUGUAGAUUGCAUUAUUUUGUAGCAGACUUAAAUCUUAUUAUAUUCACUUAUUCAUGCUGCAUUAUCAAACAUAUACAUCACUAGAUAAAACUUACAUCAUUUAUGUUUUUGAUGUUUAAAAAUGAAGUACUAUGAACCUUUAGUUUUGUUGACAAUUAAGAUUUAACAGACACAGGUGAAGGUCAUCAAUAGAUGCCCUUGACCUCCACCACCAGUGUGACCUCAAGUCUGUCAGGUACUUACAGCAAGCUGUCACGUCCCAUCACUGAGAUCCCCUACAGAGCUGGAUACUCUGUACACUGCUAGAAGUAGACUUAUAAAGAAAUUCAUGUAUAUUUUUUAAAGUUAAGCAUAAUACCGUGACGCUGGCCAGAUCUGAAAAUAAAAGUAAAUGCAGGUGAUGAAAA